GAGGAAAAGCCGCAGGAGGAAGGAUGCUCCAAACGCUUGCUUGCGCUUAUUUAUUUCUUUUUCCAUCCUUGUUAUUUCUCUCAACAUGCUUUUUGUCGGCAGAAUCCUCCCAGUGAGAGCUGCUGGACCUCUCCAUCCCCUGACCUGACCCCCCACMGCCUGUCUCAGAUAUAUUGUCUCUAGCUCGCGCUCCCUCCCCUCCUCCUCCUCCCUCCUUAAUCUCCCCAGAUUGCCGGAGACCUGCCCGCUGCAGUCGAUGCUGCAGUCCUGAGCCGCUCCUGCACCGGGGACACCUGACUCCAUGAGACAGACAUGCUCGCAUUCGUGUUGGUCUCUGGCUCACUCUGGAUCAUUUUAGAACUGAGUUCCACCCUGAUGGAGAAGAUGCAGGCCCAGGAAAUGAUGAGCGGCCUGAGGAUACCGGAGAUGGACGAGCUCGGUCAGUUUUUCCGCUCCCUGCCAACCUCCACGUUGGUGGGCAUCGGCGCCCUGACCGCUGUGCUGGCAUACUGGUUUGCCACCAGACCUCGCCCCAUCAAGCCCCCCUGCAGCCUGCUGCACCAAUCUGAGGAAGUACCGCAUGAAGGUGGAGGUCGAAGGUCCAUGAUGGGUGACCCGUCCAGACUGCUGACUCAUUACCACGAUGAUGCCAGGACCAUGUAUGAGGUCUUCCAGCGAGGCCUCCACAUAUCUGGUGAUGGACCCUGCUUAGGCUCUCGGCUCCCCAACCAGCCUUACAAAUGGAUGUCCUACAAAGAGGUGUCAGCCCGGGCAGAACAUCUGGGCUCGGGCCUUCUGCACCAGGGUUGCCAGCCAAACCCCAACCAGUUCAUCGGAGUGUUUGCUCAGAACAGGCCUGAGUGGAUCAUCUCUGAGCUGGCGUGCUACACCUACUCCAUGGUGGUGGUUCCUCUCUAUGACACGCUUGGUGCAGAUGCUAUACGGUUCAUUAUUAACACUGCUGACAUCUCCACAGUAAUCUGCGACAAAGUGGAGAAAGCUCAGGUGCUUUUGGAAAACGUGGAGCGGAAAGAAACUCCCAGGCUGCAGAGAAUCAUCCUGAUGGAUGCCUUUGGAUGUGAUGCUGUGGAGCGCGGCAAGAGCUGUGGCGUCCACGUGCACGCCAUCCAGGAAGUCGAGGAAACCCAAAGGGAGUCAUGCUCUCUCAUGGAAACGUAGUGGCAGAUUUUGCAGGAUUCCUCAAAGUAACCGAUAAAGUUAUUUUCCCAAACCAAGACGAUUGCCUCAUCUCCUUCCUGCCACUGGCUCACAUGUUUGAGAGGCUAAUUGAGUCUGUGGUGAUUUGUCAUGGAGGACGAAUCGGCUUCUAUCAGGGCGACAUCCGUCUCCUGCCCGACGACAUGAAGGUUCUGCGGCCGACCAUUUUCCCAGUGGUUCCUCGACUGCUCAACCGCAUGUAUGACAAGAUUUUUAACCAGGCGAACACCCCACUGAAGCGCUGGUUGCUCAACUUCGCUGCCAAGAGAAAAGGUGCUGAAGUUAGCAGUGGAAUCAUUCGCAGUGACAGCAUCUGGGAUAAAAUUUUCUUCAGUAAGAUCCAGGCCAGCUUGGGAGGAAGACUGAGGAUGAUAAUUACAGGGGCAGCUCCUACCUCACCUACUGUCCUGGGUUUUCUCAGAGCYGCUCUGGGAUGCCAGGUUUAUGAAGCAUACGGCCAAACAGAAUGCACGGCAGGCUGCACCUACACCACGCCUGGAGACUGGACCUCAGGUCAUGUUGGAGCUCCACUGCCAUGUAACCUCAUCAAACUGGUGGAUGUUCCUGAGAAAAACUACUUUGCAACUAAGGGUGAAGGAGAGGUUUGUGUGAAAGGGCCAAACGUGUUUAAGGGCUACCUCAAAGACCCAGAAAGAACAGCUGAGACUCUGGAUGCAGACGGCUGGCUCCACACUGGAGAUAUCGGCAAAUGGCUUUCGAAUGGCACGCUGAAGAUUAUUGACAGGAAAAAGCACAUCUUUAAGCUGGCGCAGGGCGAGUACAUCUCCCCUGAGAAGAUCGAGAACAUCUACAUUAGGAGCGAACCUGUUGCCCAGCUCUACGUUCAUGGAGACAGUCUGCAGUCCUGUUUGGUAGGGAUUGUGGUCCCUGACCCUGAAGUGAUGCCUGACUGGGCCAAGAAGAAAGGCAUCCUGGGCACCUACAAGGACCUAUGUAAAAACACUGAAUUGAAGAAAGCAAUCCUUGAAGAUCUGGUGCGUCUGGGCAAAGCCAGUGGCCUUCUAUCUUUUGAGCAGGUGAAGAACAUCUACAUCCACAAUGAGAUGUUCUCCAUUGAGAACGGCCUCCUGACUCCCACGCUAAAGGCCAAYAGGCCGGAGCUGAAGGAAUUCUUCAAGGCGAAGAUCGACGAGCUCUACAGCAGCAUCUGCAUGUGAAUGUGCAGCAGACCUCUUUUUUUCCUCCUUUGAGCAUCCUGACACAAAAGAAAAGCUUUGAGCGGGACAAAAAUGUGUCUCACAAGCCUGAAAAAGCUUGGUAUCAUAAACCAAAAGUGUCCCGACGGUGGGAGAUUUAAAAUGYCUAUAAAGAGGCAAAUUAAAGAAAAAAAAGAAGUGCAUUACAGUACACGCCAAGAUUUAUACCUCUGUCUUAAUUGGGCAUUUUGUGACAAAAAUUAUAUAAUAAGAGGAUUAUUGUUUGCAUUUUAGAUUGAAGAAGUUUGUGUCCUAAACAAAACAAAUCAGAAUCUUGAAAGAAAAAUGGUGCUGCACACUUUAAUGUUGUCCAGCAGAGGGCAGCAUAGACUUGAAUACGCCUAACUUAGUAACACUGCAUUAUGCAAAGAUUGUAUGAAGGAGCCAGCCCUUUAUUUUUUGACAAACCAUUAAAGUGGGGYAAAAAAUCACCAGUCAAUUCUUUUAAGGGGAACAACUCUGUCCAUCAAAAGAAAUCUUUUUUUACAGGUAUUUGUAUCCUUACCGACACAGUAAAUGUAAACAGUGUUGUAUUUGUACCAUUUUUUGUUUGAUUUGUUUUAAAUUAGGCAUUUUAAAUCUCCCCAAAGGUACUUCAAAUCUUCAGAUUUUUUCUAGCUGCAAAAAACCUGACUUGAAUUAUAAGCAUCUCUUAUUUUCCAUCUGUCUCUUUCUCUCUCUCGUCCUCUUUGCAGUGAGCAGCCAAAUUACAAAUGUACACAAGUAACAACGUGGUAUGGCAGCAGAAGUGAUGUCUUUGUGUUUAGUGUAGCUCCAGAAGAAAUCUGAACCUUGUAGGACAGUGAUUCGUUCGUUCAGUCAAGAACUAACUCUCAGCCGUGCCAGUAAGAAGAACUACCCUGAUCUGGCACAAUAAUUUAGAUUAAAUAGCACUAUURAAGACUAAGACCAAGUAGAAAGAAAAUUAAACUGGUCUAGAAUGCUUCUUUUUAAAUGACUGCUGUCUACACUGUUUUUUUUUCUUUUGUUUGUUUUUUGUUUUUUGGGGGGCAUUACGAGCCAGACUACAUUUUUUAUGUUAUUAAAUCAUUCAUUGCAGCAAGACAUUACUUCAUGGUUGUGAUCAAAUAUUCAGCAUGCAUGGACAUUUUCCCUGAGUAAAAGAUCAGCCGAGAGGAACAAUCAUCAAACGCUACAGAUGGUGCAAUCAGCUUUCUUUUUCCAUAUUUUUGCACAAAGAAUGUGUCAGGUUAAGAAAAAAAAAAACAAUUGCAGAACCAAGCGUCAGGGCAGUGCAUGCAGUUUGCCCUGCUAUUCUGGGACAAUUUGCAUUUGGCUUGAAAAUAAAGCCCUGUUUGUUAUUUAUUUCUUUUCUUUUUUUUUUUUAAGAAAAAAAUGGAGGCUGUAUGCAGUUGCCCACAAUGUUUUGAUCUUUGGGCUGUAUGUAAUUUCAGCAAAGCUGAUAAUAAAUUCCUUUCACAGAGAGGAUAUAGAACAAACUCCAACUUUUAAACAAAAACUACAUUUUUUUGGUUCAUUUAAUUUACACAAAGAAAUACUGUAUAGGCUUUUGAAGUUGAUUACCGUCCCAAAGCAUCAAACAAUGUGGAUGUACAUAAAUGAGGACAGCUAGAUGUAGGCAUAUUUAAGAAAUCAAUGGUUUGAAUGAUUGAUUUUUUUCUCUCUCUCUUUUAUGUGUAGUAGGAAGAAAUGUACCUAUUUAUUUAUCUAUUCUGAUGUAAAAUGGAAUCAGCACCAUAUCCUUGUAAUGACUGAGUGCAAUUAAAUUUGGGGUGACUGAGUGUGGGGGAUAGGAGAAGGGAUGUGAAAUAAAUGACAUUCUGGAAUGAUUUUAAACCAGUGCCCUGUCUGUUUUUCCCCCAAUGAAAGUUUGAUAUGUAUCUGUUCUAAAGAUGCCAAAAAAUACCAAAUAAAAUUGAAAGAUACAGAAA